UACCGACCAUACCAAUUCUUAUCGCCAUUCCAAAUUUGUUUUCCGAGUAUGUAAAUUGCAUUUCUUCAGUUGCAGAGCUCUCAGUUCAAUUAGAAAGUUGAGGAUUGUUAACAAAUCACUGUACCUGAUAAUCUGCAGUCCGUAUUUUGUGACUCCCCAUUCCUCACAGCAGACGAUGCCCAGAAUGGUGAUCAAAAUGCCACUCCCCUCUCAGAGACUAGAACCUACUCAUCCCGUCGAAGUGGGAGCGUUUUUCGACCGACGAUGGAGCGAAGUGAAGGAGGCCAUCGACAGCCUGCUGGCCAGGCAGUAUGCUGACAAGUUCUUCUCCGAUUUGCACACGAUCAUGUACGAAUUUCGAAUCAGCUCGCACCGUCUGGAGUACGCCAGACGGAUUUAUCAGAGCGUCUACUAUCAGAUUAGUCUGCAUUUAUCGCGCGUGUACGAUGAGAUCUUCCCGGACACACUGGUGGGAUCGGAGUUCCUGAAAACCUACGUCACAGAAUGGGAGAAAUUCCAGACUUCCAUGAAAUCCAUCGAAGCCCUGGAGUUAUCCUUCCAUUCGCUGUGGGUGUAUUAUGGGAAACAUCAGAAAAAUUUUAUGCAAAUUGGCCAUGAAAUUUGGAAGCAUUCGGUAGUGGAAUCCUUGGGGAAACGCUUGACGGAUCCAUUAAUCGCGGGAAUAUGCUGUGACUGGGAAAACAACGCGACGCAGCAUUCGGGAUGUGUUAAGACUGUCGUCACGUCGCUGAUCACCAUGGAUGGAUAUGGAUGCGAUGAGGACGAACUGCCUGUGUAUAGCACUAUCUUUGAGCUGCCGUUCCUGCUGGCAAUGCGCGAACGCUGCGAAAAAGAAGUCGUAGCACUGACUCGGAAUGCUACGAGUCUCCAUUAUCUGCACAGGACUUCGGAGUUCUUUGAUCAGGAAAUAAUACGUUCCUCCGAUAUCUGCCAUAAAUCGACAAUAAAAAAGCUGCACGCACUGCGGUCGGAAGUCCUCGGGGAAGGGCUGGCGUCGAUUUUCCUGGAUAAUCUCAAUACGCGCACCGAGAAUCUCGUCGACAAUUUGCUUCUCAUGUACCAGCAGUCCCACCUCUUUACUCCCGAGGAAAGGGCAUCGCGGCGGCGAUUCCUGCUGGCCACCAUCGAGGAAAAGACCACUGAAUUUCUGGAAACCAGUUCACUGGAUAUGCUGCCCGUUUUUGGGGAAAAUUCCCAGGAAUUGUUGGAACUGCACAAUUUAGCGCCACAGACGUUUCGUCAGCUGAAGGCCGCGGAGACAGCGUUUCGGUUUGUGGUUAACCGGGAACAAGGAGAUCUUGACAAGAAAUUCUCCUUGGCCGAGACGUUGGUUGCACAUUAUGACCAGUUCAUGAGAAAAAAUCCCGAUAUUGAUCGAAUGGAUGCAAUCCUGGAGCCGCUUAUGUUGUGCCAGUUUUUGGAGGAUAACCGAUCUUUUUAUGAGUGCAAUAUUCGCAAAAUGGCCCGACGCUUGCUACUUGGUCGACGCCCUGAUCUCAUGAUGGAAAACGUUUUAAUUGACAAGUUAUGCAAAAACGGGGCUGAUUCAAAGGAAAUCAAGUGUGUCAAACGGCUUGUCAACGACAUUGAAAGCAGUCGGAGUCUGAUGACGGCCUUCUUAUCCGAAGUUGUGGACGAUGACGAUCCCUCUGCAACUCCGCGGUCUGAUUGCGAACUUUUCGUAAAUGUUUUGACGCCUGGCGUGUGGCCCAUUCCCAAGGAAGGGAUGACAAUGACCUUGCCCCCGGAUAUCCUCCUUCUGGUGGACCGCUAUUCGGCCUUUUACACGCGCCAAACCGGUCGGUCUACGUUGAACUGGAUGUACAAACUGGGAUUCGUGGAUGUGCAGGUGAACUACCUUCGCAAGCCGCUGCUGAUCACCAUGGAUAUGCCGCAGUAUGCGAUCUGUGCGGCGUUCAACGAUAUAGAUCAGAUGGAUGUGGAGAGUCUGAAGCUGCGCACGGGUAUUGUUAAUGAGGAAUGCUGGAAGAAAGCGAUUGCUGCUCUUGUCGAUGUGGGGAUUUUCUCCUUUUCGGGACACAGUUUGCUGUUAAAGAAGGACUUUUCUCCCAAAAGAUCGAGAAGCAAUAUUUUGACGAAGGCUUGACGACGAAGGUCAUCUGAUGGGCUGUAGCGUGAUGGGAGAGAUGGUGGUUGAACGUUGUGAUUAAUGAAAGAAAUGUUCGUACUCUGUAUAUUAUAUACUGUAAAGGAUCUUCGAACAUUGGGUUUGUCUUGUUCUUAAUAACGCGGUGACAGUAUUUGCACAGAGAUGUAAAAUGCGAAACGCGGCAACCGGCACCAUCAUUUAUUUUUAUUUGCUUGUCCCGGUAUUCUGUUUCGUCUUUGUUGAUGCAGCAUUGGUUUUGAUAUCAUUUGCUAAUGUUGCUAAAAGUCAACAAA